AUGGCUCCAAAAGGUAAGAAGGUUGCUCCAGCUCCAUUUGCUUCCAAGGCUGCUAAAGGUAAAGCUGCCAAGAACCCAUUGACUGCUUCUACCCCAAGAAACUUUGGUAUUGGUCAAGAUGUCCAACCAAAGCGUAACUUGUCUCGUUUUGUCAAGUGGCCUGAAUACAUCAGAUUGCAAAGACAAAAGAAGAUCUUGUCCAUCAGAUUGAAGGUUCCACCAGCUAUUGCUCAAUUUCAACAAACUUUGGACAGAAACACUGCUGCUCAAUCUUUCAAAUUGUUGAACAAAUACAGACCAGAAACUAAGGCCGAAAAGAAGGAAAGAUUGACUAAGGAAGCCGCUGCCAUCGCUGAAGGUAAGACCAAGCAAGAAGCUUCUCCAAAGCCAUACACUGUCAAAUACGGUUUGAACCAUGUUGUCGGUUUGAUUGAAAACAAGAAAGCCUCUUUGGUUUUGAUUGCCAACGAUGUUGACCCAAUUGAAUUGGUUGUUUUCUUGCCAGCUUUGUGUAGAAAGAUGGGUGUUCCAUACGCCAUUGUGAAGGGUAAGGCUAGAUUGGGUGCUUUGGUUCACCAAAAGACCGCUGCUGUCGCUGCCUUGACCGAAGUCAGAGAUGAAGACAAGGCUACUUUGGCUACUUUGAUUGACUCUGUCAACGCUAACUACAUUGACAAAUACGAAGACCACAGAAGACACUGGGGUGGUGGUGUCAUGGGUGCUAAGACCGUCGCUAAAUUGGCCAAGAGAGCUGCUAGAGCUGCUGCUGAAAUCAAGGUCUAA